CGGCGACACGGCGACAUUACAACAAAGCACCAUUCGGUAUGCACAAGAGUCAUACUUUUCUCAAAAUCAACUAAAGUACCUGAAGACUAAUUGCGUCGGACAAUUGUCAAACAUUCUUGGAAGGAUUAUUGACAAUCCAUCAAGUUUAUCUGCACAGCAUAAGAGUGGAAAGAAAACAGCAACAAAACUUGUUUUGCCAGACAUGUUUGCUGCUAAUGUAAUGCCAGAAACUGUCCUACCCCUCGGCUUUCAAAGCAAAACACCACCAUCUGAAGAUGCAAAUGGGGACUUGUCAAAUUGUCAGAUUACGGAUGAGUAUCAACAUUGGACAACUCAUUUCAUGAGUGUUGCAUUGACGAGUAUUACUGCACUAACUGUAGGCAGUUCUUCGAUGAAAAAAUGA